UUUUACAAGAACAUGAAGAAAAAGAUUGUGAUUGAUCUUCCUCUCAACACUGAUCAAUGUAGAUCAAAGGCUAUGCAAAUUGCAGUUAGAAGUCCAGGGGUAAUAUCAGUGAAUAUAGACAAUGAAAAAGGGCAUUUGGUGGUGAUUGGAAUUGGAGUUGAUUUUUUCAAGUUGAUGCAUUGCAUAAAAAGGAAAUUCAAGUGUUCUAGAAUUGUGAGUAUUGAAGAAGUGAAAGAUAAGAAGCCCGACCCGGACCCGGUAAAACCAAAACCAAUUUCUCCUUGUCCUUCAACAUGCACUCCAUGUGUGCAAUACUACCCAAUAUGCCAACCCGUUUAUGAUACUUGUGAUAAUUCAAAUUGCUCCAUGAUGUGA